CUCAAUAUAAAUACCAACAUUUUCUUACAAACCCUCGUCCUUCUCGACUCAAAUCACUAUUUCAUAUUUUUCCCUUUCCUAUGGAUCUUUUUUUUGAAUUAUUUGAGUCUUCUUCCGACGAUUUGUUGGAAAUAAUUUGUGCCUUAGCUGGAGAAGAAGAACGUUUAAAUGGAGAAUCAACCGAUUCGGAAUCACCGACUGGAUCCAGUAGUUUCGAUUCUGCAGAUCAUACAAAGCGUUCCAAAAUGGGGGAUAAAUCGAAGAAGACGAAGAUGGAGAGGAAGACAGAGAAGCAUGUAGAGGACACAGAGACCUCAUCAUCGUGUUCUGCAUCGACCUUCGAUGGUGACUCUUCAAAGAAACGGCGUCGGCACCGGCACAGUAGCGAUGAUAAAGAGUCAAGGAGAGAAAAUGAGAGGAUGAAAGAGAAAAGAGUAAAGGAGAGAGAGAGAAGGAGAAGGAAAUUGAGAAGAGACGGAAAGAAGAGUAGGGUUUACGAGUAUGAGAGGUCGGGAAUCGGGUCGUCCCCUGAUGGGGAUGUUUUGGAGAGGGCUGAGAACGAUCCUGAAUCGGUGCUGCGAGACAUGUUCACUGAAUUCCCUAGUGUUGGCAAUGAUUUGUUUCAGCUUCUGCAAAUGGUUGAUGAUGGUCAAGCGGUUAACAUAAGGGGCAUAUCUGAAAGAUCUCUAAUAAAACAUAUAAGGAUGCUUUUCCUUUCAUUAAAACUCAAGGAGGAUGGUGAUAGAGUGUUUUUACUACCUGAAAAGGCCCUCCCUACUUUAGAAGUUGUAGGACCCCUGAUCCACUCUCUUAUGGAACUUAAAGAUCAACAACUCAAUCAUUCAGUACCAGAAAGUGGUAUACAGGUGGUAGCAGUGGAUGGGGGAUGUCGCCAAGAGAUUUUUGAAAACAUUGUAUCAAUGCCAUCAUGUGUAGAAGAUGACUCUAAUGCUCCUAAAGGAAGAGAAGCUGAGUUGGAGCAAGAUGAUGAGAUUUUUAUAGGGUCCCCAACACUUUCUGUGGUUGUCGAGGCUGCAUCAGCAAAUGAAGCAGAUGGCUUUGAAGAGGUGUAUAUGGAUUCUAUGGAGUCAAGAAGAAAAGCAAAAAAAUUCUCAACUUCCAUUGACACUUUAGAGUCAACAAGUUUUCGAGAAGACAGUUGCUUUGAGUUGGAAGAUGUAUUGAUGACUGAAGAGAGACUGCGAGGCAAGGGUUGAGAAACUUCAAUGAGUGCUCUUACAGAGGUGUUAGUUAAGUAAACUGAAGGAGGAUAGGAAACUGUCAUCGGGAGGUGGUUUGAGUUGCGAGUACUGAGCAACAAGGAGAGUUAAUCCGCCUUAAGAAAAGAGAAAAUGGACUCUGAUAUUAUGAACAUGGAUAUGAGCAAUCUAACUCCCCAUGCAAGCGCAUAUUUUCAUGAACGCCAAGUAGAAAUCCAAUAUUGGUGGAAACAUCUGUUCUUGUAUGGACUAAUUUAUUUGGAAAAAUGUUAAUAUCUUUUAUGUUAUUGUUUCGGAACAAUGUUAAAUAUUUUGAAACAAAUGUUAAUUAUGUUGUAAUGAUUUUGAGUUUAUGUUGUA